CUCCCAUGGCGACUUAUACUUAUUCGCCAGAAGGCACUGGUUGGCAAGCUUCCAGGAGAACAUGAAGUUUACAAAAUUACAAAGAUUGCAGUAAUACCACUGUCUGAAGCUGAACCUCAGGACUUGGAGCUUGAGCUCUGCAAGAAGCACCAUUUUGGAAUAAACAAACCUGAGAAGAUAACACAGUCUCCUGAUGAGUCCAAAUCACUACUGAAGACAUUUAACCAAAUAAAAUCAAAUGUGGCUGUUCCUGUCAAGAAAAAGGUUAAAGAAAACAAAGAAAAGGAAAGACUAGAAAGGAGAUUGCUGGAGGAGCUUUUGAAAAUGUUUAUGGACUAUGAUUCCUUUUACUAUAGCCUGACUUACGAUCUUACAAAUUCAGUACAGAGGCAGAGUGAUCAAGAGAAGACUAAUCUACCAACCUGGCAAAAGGUAGAUGACAGAUUCUUUUGGAACAGGCACAUGAUUGAAGACCUCAUUCUUUUAAAUGACAGAAGAGCGGACUUCUGGAUCAUUCCAGUUAUUCAGGGAUUUGUACAGAUUGAAGAACUUGUAGUUAAUUAUAAUGAGUCUUCAGAUGAUGAAAAAAGCAGCCCAGAAACCCCACCUCAGGAACAAAUCUGUGUAGAUGAUAUCCAUCCACGGUUUCUGGUUGCUCUUAUUUCACGAAGAAGCAGACACAGAGCAGGGAUGCGAUACAAAAGACGAGGUGUUGACAAGAACGGAAAUGUGGCAAAUUAUGUGGAGACAGAACAGUUGAUCCAUGUCCAUAACCACACCCUUUCUGUUGUUCAGACAAGAGGUUCUGUACCAGUUUUCUGGAGCCAAGUUGGUUACCGCUAUAACCCACGACCUCGGCUAGACAAGUCUGAGAAAGAAACUAUUCCAUAUUUUGCAGCACAUUUUGAAGAACAGUUGAAAAUUUAUAAAAAACAGGUGGUUGUAAAUCUGGUGGACCAAGCAGGAAGGGAGAAGAUCAUUGGAGAUGCAUUUCUUAAGCAAGUUCUUCUGUAUAACAACCCAAAUCUCACCUAUGUGUCUUUUGACUUCCAUGAACACUGCAGAGGAAUGAAGUUUGAAAAUGUUCUUACCCUCACGGAUGUUAUACACGACAUCAUCACUGAUACGAAAUGGUGUUGGGUUGAUCAAGCUGGGGUAAUCUGCAGACAAGAAGGCAUCUUUCGAGUCAAUUGCAUGGAUUGUCUAGAUCGAACCAAUGUAGUUCAAGCUGCCAUUGCAAGAGUGGUUAUGGAGCAGCAGUUGAAAAAACUAGGUGUGAUGCCUCCUGAACAGCUCUUGCCAAUGAAAUGUUACAGAAUCUACCAGAUUAUGUGGGCGAACAAUGGAGAUGCCAUCAGCCGUCAGUAUGCAGGAACUGCAGCUUUAAAGGGAGACUUUACAAGAACAGGUGAAAGAAAACUGGCUGGUUUAAUGAAAGAUGGUGUCAACUCGGCUAAUAGGUACUACUUGAAUCGCUUCAGGGAUGCUUACAGACAAGCAGUCAUAGAUCUAAUGCAGGGCAUCCCUGUUACUGAAGAUCUUUACUCCAUUUUCACUAAAGAGAAAGAGCAUGAAGCUUUACACAAGGAGAACCAUAGGAGUCAGCAGGAACAAAUCGGUCAGCUGAUACGGAAUUACAUGAAGCUGUUGUUACCUGAAGAUGAGAAAUUUCAUGGUGGUUGGGCACUUACUGACUGUGAUCCGAGCCUUAUUGAUGCCACCCAUAGAGAUGUGGACGUUUUGCUGCUGCUUUCUAACUGUGCCUACUACGUAGCCUAUUAUGAUGAUGAAGUUGAUAAAGUGAAUCAGUACCAGAGACUAAGUCUUGAAGACCUCGAGAAGAUUGAAAUAGGCCCUGAACCAACUUUAUUUGGGAAGCCUAAGUUUUCCUGUAUGAGAAUGCAUUACAAAUACAAGGAAGCAACUGGUUAUUUCCACACACUUAGGGCAGCACUUCGCAAUCCUGAUGAAGACGGAAAAGAUACUCUUCAGUGCAUUGCAGAAAUGCUUCGUUUAACAAAGCAAGCCAUGGGACCAGAUUUACUAGUUGUGGAGAAAAAACUAGAAAGGAGGCACAGCAAACCACAUGAAAAUAUCAUUGAUAUCAGAUCCAAGCCACAGGGACCUACACAGAGCAAUGUUGGACUGAUCCAAGGAAAAAACUUUCUCAUAAACAAGUUUUCUUCUCUGAACCAGAAGGUGAAACAGACCAAAAACAAUGUUAACAUUGGAAGUUUACGAAACCUGGGGAAAAACUUUGGAAAACCAGACAUGAAAGUCAACUUUUUAAAGCCAAACUUGAAAGUAACUCCGUGGAAAUCAGAUAGUAGCUUAGAGACCAUGGAUAAUCCAACUGGUAACAUUAAAGACUGCUCAGAGUCUGACAUUGAAAUAUCUUCAGAUUCAGAGUCUUUCACUUCUGAUGACUUCCUUGCAAAAUCUGAUGAUGAGCGGCAGUUGACAGAUUCAUUAGAGAAUGUAGGGUCAGGGGAUUACGUUUUGCCAAGCUGUGGCAUCAUAGCCUCAGCUCCUCGAUUGAGUAGUCGAUCUCAAUCUGUUACUAGCACUGAAAUUUCUAUACACAUCCCACCAGAGACUUCUAUAUUUCAUGAUGAAAGUGAGCCUCAGGAGAAGACUACAGGCACAGAGACAUGUGCUGUAUCAUUUGAGAGUGAUAAGAUGCACUUUAGCACACCCAUAGAAGCAUAUUGCCACAUAUUUGUUCACGAAGCAGAAAACCAAAAUAAAGACAUUUCAGAUUCUGAUCCUGUAAUACUGCAACACCCAUCAGACCAGCAAGUCAGCUGUGUUGCUGAAACAAUAGAAAUGCAACCAGUAGCAAAAGACCAGCAACUUUCCAGGCCAUCCAAAUUGGAUGUGUCCUCUGCUACCUCAGACUCAAAUGUACCUGUGCAGCAAGUUUCUGUUAUUUCAUCCUGUCAGAAAAGUCCAGCACAGGUGUCUAGCUUACUUGAAGUGGAAAUUGGGAUGAAUGAUGCCCACUCCUCAGCUGAUGGAAGCACCAGUAGGGUAGUUUCACCUUUUGCAAAAAUUCGAAACUCGAUGGCCCAGGUGGCUAACAUAACUCAAGCUGGACUGACGCAAGGCAUCAGUUUUGCAGUGGCAAAGGUUCAGAAGAGCCCAGUACCAGAAACUUUAAAUGAAGCUCAGCAAAAUGAAAUUAAAGCAAUGUUUACACAGUGCCAGACUCGAAUAAUUCAAAUUUAAAUGCUGUUUUGUUUUAUGACUGUAUCUGGUUAUUUGUAGACACAUUCUUUGGAAAAAAAAUAUGUAGAAGCUCUUGUCAAAGAAAAUCAAAUGAAGCACUUGAGUAUCUUAACAUGGAUACAGUUGUUGUUUAUAGUGUUUAUAGACUAGACAAUUAACAUGGAUUAAAUCUGUGUUCAUUCACAGGAAACUGACAUAAACAGACCAAGGACUGCACUGAAUCACACGUGAACAGGUAGUGCAAGCACUGGUACUUACCUUAUAUUCAUAAAUAGAAUGCAAGUAAAAUACCUUGUAACUGCUAGAGGUGAUUCGGAAAAGCAAAUGUUUACGUAAUAUUUGUAAUUGGUCAGAUUGUAUUGUUUGCACAUUACCUGGGAACUGUCACCAUUCCAAUCUUCCAAGAACAGAUAUGUUCAGUGUAUACAAACACACUCAUACUUUACUGUUACUGACUGUACAUUUUUGCUUGAUAUUUUUUUAUGAGAUACAUAACAGAUGUAUUUUAGCACUUCAUUGGACCAGAAAAUGUGGUCUGCCAUACUUUUUAAGUUGGAUUCAAGUUGCAUAUUUUAUACUUCAUUGUUAUUGCAGCUCAAGAUGCUCUGUGUUCCCACAGAUAAUGGGUCUGUAUAGGUGCUGCUUCUGGGUUUGCGUCUUUUAAGUUAUUGUAAUGUAACCAGAUUAUCUUUAUGCUUGACUGUUCCUUUCUAAAGAAAGACUGUAAUAAGCAAAUGUGCAAUAGGUACGGUUAUUUUAUCAUGUGAUAUUUCUGAAUAUUGGGGAAAGCUUGUUUUACUAAGUUGGAAUUCUUUCUUGUAAGAACAGAGUUUAUCAGAAAAUAUUUAUUUCUUGAAUCAUGCCACUGUUUUUUUCUGUAUUGGCAGUUUUUUUCAUAACCAUAACUAUCAUAAU